CUAUUAUAAUUGCCUUAUAACAUAAACCGAUAUUGCUUUUUGAAAAUGUUAAAUAUCGGUAUACAGUUUCCCAACCUAAAUGAAGGCAUUAAACAAAAUCAUCGUGCACGGUCACAUUGCUGUCAAAAAGAAUUUUGUAAUAAUUAAGAACGGUCCACCCAAAUUCUAAGCGGCAGAGAUCGCCCCUUUGGCAUCAGCAUUUAUCAAACCCCAUCACCGAACCUCACCACGUAACUAGAAUGGCCGGCUUUGUCCAAUAUGACAGCGGCGAGGAGACAGAAGUCAAUAGUUGGAUUCGCUUCGGCCUGCGGCUAGGCGUCAGCGCCGCUCUGCAUCCCUUUGAGUACUCCAAGACGCUAAUCCAAUUGGGUUACGAGCCGAUCGCGCCGCUUCCCGGCAAGUCUAUGCUGGGAAGGCCGAUUAUGAAGUUGCCAAACAUAUUCCAGUAUGCUGGUCACAUACGGAGAGUGGAUGGCCUCUCGGGCUGCUACCGCGGUCUGGCUCCCAAACUAGUGGGCUCCCUGGUUGCUAUGGUGGUGAGCGAUCGAGUGGCAGACAAAUUGGGGCUAGAACAGCCGGAGGAGAUAAAGGACGACUCACAGCUCAGUGAGGAGGAAAUGUACGUCCAGUUCAAGUCGAGUCUAAAGCGGGACAUUGUGCUAACGGUGAGCGGAAUCGUGGCUUCGCAACCUUUUCACGUGAUCUCCCUUCGCAUGAUGGCGCAAUUCGUCGGCCGAGAAACCUUGUACAGCUCUAUUGUAUGCUCUGUUACCGAGAUCUGGAAGACUGAGGGUAUCGUGGGCUUUUUCGCCGGCCUAGUGCCAAAGCUGCUGUGUGAUGUGGCUUGCCUGGUGCUUAGCAGCUCCACCAUCUACAUCCUUAACAAAUACGUCAUCAAGGACAAGUUGGGAAGACAGUACAAUGCUGGCUUCACACAGUUCGCUGUAUCUAGCCUGCUGUAUCCACUGCAGGUUGUCUCAACUUGUUCUGCGGUGAGUGGAUCUCGACUUAUGGCCGGCCAACCCCCUAUUAUGCCAGCCUACAAGAACUGGAUGGACUGUUGGAAUGAUUUGCAGGUUCGCGGCGAGCUUAAGCGCGGCAGCUCUCUUUUCUGGCGGUCCCAAGCCAUCCACUCUCCAGCUACCUCCUUUGCGCCCCUGCCCAAACUAGCGCGUUACCAGUAGUCGCAAGGAACACGAACAGCUCUUUGCCUUCGAGUAAUCAACCCCUCGACUGCCUAUCUGUGUUUACCCUGCAUUUCAAUGGAACUUCGACAACGACGAGAUCCAAACAAUAUUACUUCUUUUCUGUAUACAACCCCAGCCACUAUUCCGUUAAUACAAGUUCACAUCUACGUUGAAGUAUGUACAUUGCCAUCGUAAUUGGGCACUGUAUCCUUCCCCCGCGCCGUUUCAUUUUCUUUCAGCGUGCCAAUAGCUCUAUUUUCUCUUAAAAAUAGUUAUUGAAUAGCUUUUCCAAUCCUGUUUCUAUUUUAAAAGUAUUUAAAAUCGUUUUGCCCAAAAGUAAAACUUUGUUUUUUUCUUUUAUUCGAAAAUGUUAUUGUUUAAAAACCGCAAAUAAAGCUUAGGGACUCUAAAUAAAUAAUUUGUCAUUGAAUGAUUCAAAUUUA